CGCCGUCCUCCCCUCUGGCUGCCGCGCGCUGUGGUCUCGCCCGCCCCCGCUGCCAUGUUGGAUCGUGCGGCCGCCGGAGCCGGGCCGGAGUUGGAAGUUUAGUACCGCUCGGAGGGGCGGGCGCGAUCGGCCGUCAGCGCGGAGCGGCACCGGCGCGGCAGUCGCUCUCCCCGGCGCCCCGUCUGCGGGCGCCCGGCCGGCAGCCGGCCGAGGCCCCGCCGCCCCUCUCCAACCUCCCUCCUUCCUUGGCCCCGAGAGGGAGGCUUCGCGAUGCGGCUGUUGUGAGGCCGCGGCGGCGGCGGAGGAGGAGGGGGCCGCGGGCGCCAGCGGUCGCAGGGCGACGAGGGCAGCGCCUGGGCGGCCGGCCCCGGCCAUGAGCGGCAACCCGCAGCAGCAGCCCCCGCAGCCGCGGCGGGUCACCAAUGUGGGCUCUCUGCUGCUCACUCCGCAGGAGAAUGAGAGCCUCUUCAGCUUCCUCGGCAAGAAAUGUGUGACGAUGGCUUCAGCAGUAGUUCAGAUAUAUGCAGCAGAUCGCAAUGCCAUGUGGUCAAAGAAAUGCUGUGGUGUAGCUUGCCUUGUAAAGGACAAUCCGCAGAGGUCAUAUUUUAUCAGAAUAUUUGACAUUAAGGAUGGGAAAUUAUUGUGGGAGCAGGAGCUGUACAAUAACUUUGUAUAUAAUAGUCCUAGAGGAUAUUUUCAUACCUUUGCUGGAGAUACAUGUCAAGUUGGUCUUAAUUUUGCUAACGAAGAAGAAGCUAAACUAUUCCGCAAAACAGUAACAGAUUUACUUGGACGACGGCAAAGAAAAUCUGAAAAAAGACGAGACCCACCAAAUGGCCCAAAUCUACCAAUGGCAACUGUUGAUAUCAAAAACCCAGAAAUUACAACUAACAGAUUUUAUACUCCACAAGUCAACAAUAUUUCAUAUACCAAAGAAAAGAAGAAAGGAAAAACUAAAAAGAGAAGAUUGACAAAGGCAGAUAUUGGAACACCAUCUAAUUUCCAACACAUUGGACAUGUUGGUUGGGAUCCAAACACAGGUUUUGAUGUGAAUAACUUAGACCCAGAACUGAAAAACCUGUUUGACCUGUGUGGAAUUUCAGAAGCUCAACUAAAAGACAAAGAAACUUCAAAGGUCAUAUACGAUUUUAUUGAAAAAACAGGAGGUGUGGAAGCAGUUAAAAAUGAACUGCGCAGACAAGCUCCACCUCCACCACCACCCUGCAGAGGAGGACCCCCUCCACCUCCACCACCACCCCCCCACAGCUCGGGCCCUCCCCCUCCCCCUGCCCGGGGCCGAGGGGCUCCACCGCCACCUCCUUCAAGAGCUCCCACAGCAGCUCCUCCUCCCCCACCUCCCUCUAGACCUGGCGCUGGGGUGCCCCCUCCCCCCCCAAACAGGAUGUAUCCCCCGCCGCCGCCGGUGCAUUCCUCAUCCGCGCCUUCUGGCCCUCCGCCCCCGCCGCCACCACCGGCCAGUGGCUCAGCCGUUCCGCCGCCGCCCCCUCCUCCCCCACCCCCUCCUGGUCCUCCUCCACCGCCAGGCCUUCAUUCAGAGGCUGAUCACCAGCAUCCAGUUCCCGCGGGAAACAAAGCAGCACUCUUGGAUCAAAUCAGAGAAGGAGCUCAGUUAAAGAAAGUAGAACAGAACAGUCGACCAGUGUCCUGCUCAGGAAGAGAUGCACUGUUAGACCAGAUACGACAGGGUAUACAGCUAAAAUCUGUAUCUGAUGGUCAGGAGAGUGCACCACCUACACCUGCACCCACCUCAGGAAUCGUGGGUGCCUUAAUGGAAGUUAUGCAGAAAAGGAGCAAAGCCAUUCAUUCUUCAGAUGAAGAUGAGGAUGAGGAUGAUGAAGAAGACUUUGAAGAUGAUGACGAAUGGGAUGAUUGAUCAUAUAUUAUUAUAAAUAUAUUUUUUAAGGCUUGAAGACCAAGGGUUGUGAUGAAGACCAAGAACCCGAUUGACAAGAAUAGUAUUUUGAAUAAGUGGACGGCAAAUGGGAUUCUCAUUUCACAGCUUGCACAUUUAUCUAAGUUGUGCUUUGUAGUGCAGUAAACAUUGGCAUAUCUGCCUAUCACAAAAUGCUAAUCUAUGCUACGUGGGUAUUUAAUAUCUGCAGCAUUAAUUACUGUACUUACUGUAACUUUCAGGUAGAAAAUCUCGUUUAAAGCCACAUUUUAUCUGACACGGAAUGUUUAGUUAAGUCAGUCAUAUUUGGCGUGUAGUUAAUGUCCUGGGUCUUUGACCGUAGUCAAACUAUCCAAGUAAAUUUAAGUUAUCGGAACUGUAUUGACUGAAACCCACUGUUGACCUGAUCUUGACAGGCUGGACCUGCACGAUACGGCUUGGAUUUCUAACCCAGUUAUAACCUAGUCUUUAGCGAUUGCAUUUAGUCAUGUGACAAGAAAGGAAAGUUGCUGAGAAGUAGUGGGAGAGGUAAGGUUGUAGUUAUAUUAUUCAGAGGAUGCUAACUUCCUUCCGAGAGUAAUUUAAGCAUGUAACUUGAGGGGGGGGAAAAAAGUUUCCAAGUGGUCUGCAUCCCUUUCUUGCAGCAACUUUCGCUCUACAACCUCUGCUGCUAAAAAACGCUUCCUCCCGGCUCUGCUGCGGCGACACGAGGCUGAGAGCACGGGACUGGGGCAGCGCAGCCCGGGGUGGCCAACGGCGGCCGAGUUAACAACUUGUGCAUAAGGACAAUAUUUGUAUGGCUUUCCUAUAACUUCUGGCACUGCUCCCUUGUUUUUUAUUGCAUAUAGGGCAUCUUAAGCAGGUGAGGCCUAGAGGUUUUCCUAACAUGCUGCUUACUAGAUACAUUUAGCUGUUAUGUUCCAGAAUUGGAAUUUCCGUAACAUAGUCAAUAAUUAAGCAUCACAGUUCAUUAAUCAAACUUCUGUCCCAGGUUUUGGGAGCUCUGAAGUUACUUUAUUGAAUAAAACUUUGAUUUGUAGAUACUGGCCAAAGAAAGCUUUUUGGUUUUUUAUUUCUUUGUACAGAAAGUACACUCGCUUUCUGUGGUGUCCAGGUUAAUCUUUACUUCAAAGCAGUGUUUGUACAUGAUAAAUUUCAGGCACAAGACUGCAAGGGCAGUUAAGUUAGACGUAACUGCAUGCUUCAGCACUCCGCCACUGGCACUGUGAGCAGAAGACAGCGUUUCAUGAUACUGGUGCGUUGUUGCUCAACGUCGUAAUGAAGGCCUCUCUUAAUGUAUUCUGGUGAAAUGACUGUCCAGAUAGCCUUAGCAAUUAACAAACUCGCAUGAGGCUUUUUUAUCUCAACACUCUAUGUGCAUAGACAAUAUCAGCUGGCCACUUGUAGGUGUGAAAUCCGUAAGAACUCCUCAAUCAUUCAGUUUUCCAUUUAUCGAACGGAAACUUUUAGUAUGUGAAUUUUUGCAAUGUACAGUGAAUAGGAUGUUGCACUGGUGGCAAUUCAUCAUGGAGCAUAAUAAAAUUAAUUUGACCCAA